GCGACGCUGCGACAUCUCUCGUCUUUCCUCGCACGCGCCAUUCAACAAGUUAUUUGACAGUAGUGACGGUUAGAUCAAAACAAUCGGUGGGAUGGACGACAUCAGUAAGGUGGCAUCGAUCUCACACAAUGAUUUAGUUUGUACUGCAACUGGUGCUGCGAAGUGCCACGAGGGAGAUGUAUCAGCCGAGGAAGUCUUGCUUCGCCACUUGCGAAAGGCCAUCUCGGAGACAACAGAGGAGAACGUCGCGUAUACAAAGGAGAUGGCGACCUUAUUGACCAAAUUGAAUCUUGAUGUCAAGUCAUUGCCCAAUGACAUAAGGGAAGGUUUAGAGAAAGUAUCUUCGAUCCUGAGAGCUGAGAAGCUAUUCGAAUUUGAUGAGACAGCGCUGCGAGUUGUUAGAGAACGGAAGAUCGUAGAGGAGAAGAGGCGGCAACGAGAGGAGAAGCAAAUGUCCAUCAAGUAUGAUAAUUUGUUUAGAAAUUGCACAAGGUUACAGGCAAAGCUCGACCAUCUUCAAGAUGCGGUGGAUUCUCUUAAGAACGCUGCUGAUAUCAUGGAAGAUAAGGAUAUCUAUUGCAACAAGGUUUUUUUAUCUACAAAAUUGAAGGAGUACCAGCAGGCUGUGGAGAAACUGGAGGCAGAUUUAAGUGACAUGCAAGUCGACGAACACUAUUCGGAAAAGAUAUUGAAUAAAUAUAAAUUGUAUCUGGAGAAGACGAGCAGAUUGGCAGAUCUCAACCAAUCGCUCGCUCAAUACGGCGAUUUACCGCCUAAUUUGCUGCAGGCUAAAUUGCUGGUGGAAAGCAAGAGGAAAGAGUACGAGAACUUGGAACAGAUGUUUUUGGAAAAGACUCAGUAAGCUCGAAUUUCAAC